UGUCCAGAGUCCAAGCUAAAAACAAAAAGACAAGCACCCUAUAUACUCUGCGGUUUUUACAAACGCACAGAACUCAUUUACACACACUCUCUCUCUCUCUCUACAAAAUUUCUCUCUUUUGAAAGAACAGAGAAUUGAAUCACCACAAAACUGAAGUGGAUAAGUUUAUGUGACAUUUUUUUGAUAUGUCGAUGGACCAAAACACAGAGAAAACCAAAACCCUAGCUGGGUUGGCAGCUGAAGCACUUGACUCUGAAACCCUAAUGGCUGAUACUGGUUCUGUCCCUGUACAUGUGUUGCUUGAUAAGGCUCCUAGGGUUUCUCAAGUUGAUCACCAGCUGAAUGUUAAUGGAAAUGCGGAUACUGGUGCUACUACCGGGCCAGUUGUUGCGACUGGGAACAAGUUCAAUGGUGAUGGAAUUUCUCUUUUGGUGGAAGUUCAUCGGUCACUGGAAAAUGUUGAUGGGAGUUUAAAAGAGUGUGGUAGUAAGGGAAUGAAUGGAGAGGAGAAUGGAGCUGAGCAAACAGAAACUGAGAUGGUUGAUGCUGUUGAUGGGGGAAAAGACGUUGAGAGGAGUGGUACAGAGCGGGGUAGUCAAGGGACAGAAGAAGAGCAAGGAUCUGGGCAUUUGUUUAAGGGAAUGAAUGUAGAGGAGAAUGAAACUGAGAAAAUGGAAAAUGAGAUGGUUGAUGGGGGAACAGAAGAUGAUAAUUCUGGGGAAGAUGCAAGGAGUGUAAAACAUGUGUAUACUGUGGGUGAUUUUGUUUGGGGCAAGAUUAAGAGUCAUCCAUGGUGGCCAGGACGUAUUUAUGAUGCUUCCUGUGCCUCGGACUUUGCUUUGAAGUUUAGUCAAACAGGUCGAUUGCUAGUUGCAUACUUUGGAGAUGGCUCAUUUUCUUGGUGCCCCCCUGCGCAGUUGGUGCCUUUUGUGGACAACUUUGAAAAAAUGUCGAAGCAGAGCGCUUCCAAGAGCUUCUUAUAUGCUGUUGAAAAGGCCUUGGAUGAAAUUAGUGUGCUUGUGGAGUUUGGUAUGACUUGCCAAUGCAUCUCUGAAGAGAGUCGUUGUGGACUCAGUUGGCCAUUGGCAGUGAAUGCUGGAAUUAAAAAGGGAGUUCGACUACCUGAAGGAGAAACUGUCAGACUAUUACUUUCUCAGUAUGAACCUGCUGGAAUACUUAAAGUUCUAAAACAUUAUGCACGAACAAACUCUAAUUCCAAUAUACUUGAGUUUGCUGUCUUGAAAAGUUGGCUAUCUGCUUUUUAUCGUGCUACAUGUGGAUGCCCUUUGGCUCUAUAUUGUGAACCCCUGCAAGUUGAAGGCCUUGAGGACAAGAAGGAUCAAGUUGUUGAUGCAAAUGACUUUAGCAUACCUAUCGAGGUUCCUAUUCUGGGUCCAUCAGAAGAAGAAACUCCAAAAUCUGGCCCUGCAAAGGGCCCUCUGACUGCUUGUGACAAGAUCUCUCACAAAAGAAAGCAGAAAAGUGUUGCUGAACUUAUGGAAGAUUCUACACCUUCGCCUGUUGAAACGCCUGAGAAGAAAAGGAGGAGGAAGUCUGGUGAGCAAGCUAAAGGUCACACUAGCAGUUCUAAGAGUGUCGAUGAAAAAGUUGGUAAGAGGGUAGGCAACAAACCCGGUGACACUGACUUGGCUAAAACAAAGAACCUCAGUGUUUCAAUUCCUGAGCGUGAUGAAAUUGGUGACCAGCAGGACACAAAUGGGGGCCCUCUGUCAAGGGAAAGAAAGAAGAGCAAGUAUUUAUCACCUCCUUAUAUGAGCCCUACGUUGACUGCAGGAAAACCAAACUUGAAGAGAGAACUGGAAGCAGAAUCUCAGAAAAUUUCUGAGAUAACCAGGAUUGGUGAGCGGAUGGCAAAUGCUGCUCGGCAUAUUUUAUCUUCCCCUGCAACCAAUGGCAAUGAAGCUGUAAAGAAGAAAAAGGCUGAACGGUUUGACAUGACUUUUGACACGAUGGAUAUCGAUUCAGUCGAUGAGGUACUCUCUGAGGUUCAGUCUACUGCUGUCAACCCUCUUUUCUUGAAGAAUAGAUCUCUUGAGAAGACCAGAGGUUUCAUCUCCACCUUCAGGAACUCAGUCUAUCUGGACGGAUCAAACUACAAGCAAUAUCACAAAGUGAAAACAGGAAAGAAGAGAAAAUCUCGGCCGUCUAGUCAGGGAACAGUAGAUGAGGAAGCUGGUACAGAAACUUCACCUGUGAUUCUGAUGGUGACAUUCUCAGCUGGUUUUUCUUUGCCGUCAGAUGACGAAGUUAUCCAAAUAUAUAACAAGUUUGGGGAUCUGAAUGAAAAGGAAACAAAAGUGUUACAUGAUUCAAACUCUGUUCAAGUUGUUUACAUGCGUGGUUCAGAUACUGAAGAGGCCUUCCAAGAAUCGGUAAAGCAAAGUCCUUUUGGUGCUACCCAAGUUAACUUUAGGAUCAUUUAUCCCUCAAACUCCGAGAUUCCACUUUCUUCGCUGAGAUCAGCUAAGGGGAAGUCACAAGUGCAACUAAUCAAGCAGAAGCUGAAGGGGAUGUCAUCAAUCCUGGAAAAAUGCAAUGGUAAGAUUACGACAAAGGAGAAGGCGGAGUUGGAGGGUGAGAUAAAAGGCUUGCUGGAGAAGGUUAGUGCAGUGACAUCAACAAACCCAUAGGGGAACUGUUUUGUAGGAUGUGAAGCUGGUUGGUUAAACUUGGAUCUUCUUUUGUUGAUAGUGUUAGUAUAUGGUCCGGCUUAUGUUGAUUAGGAUACUUUCUGUUAGGUUCAUGUAUGAAGUAGGAGCAUAGGAUGCUAGCUUUAUACAAUUGAUUUGCUCAAAUUACUAUACAGUUGCAUGUACUUUACUGAUGAUAGUAUUAGAUUUAGGAGCUGCGGCUGGUUUUGGAUUACCUGAAUCUGCAGCCUCAUGCCUCCAUCUUCAA